UCACUCUAGUCCCGGAUGUUCCUCCAAUGCUUUUAAAUGCGCCAUACCUUUCACGCGUGGCUGAGGAAGACCUGCUGGUUCGAGGAGUCCCGAAGGCGCCGACCUGCUCUGAUCCUCGGCUGUGGGUUGCACAGUGAGGUCGGCAAGUGUGACUGCCCCAAAUCGCCCUGACUCUCUUCGGCUCAGCGUGCAGGGGAGUAUUCCACGGCAGGACCGUCCCCGAGGGACGCCUGCAGGGAUGUCCAAAAGGCUCAGCUCCCAGUUAGAGCAAAACAUCCCAGAAGAUGCCUGCUGUGAGGAACACCGGGAACCACUGCAGCUAUUCUGUGAUGAAGACCAAAGCCUGCUUUGCGGCCAGUGCUUCCACUCGGAGGAGCACGAGAGUCACGUGGUGUGCGGAGUCCAGGAGGCUGCUGGCAAUUACAGGAAGUUAUUCCAGGAGAUAUUGAGCACAUUGAAGGAGAAACUUGAAGUAGCUAAAAGCAUAUUGGCUGAUGAGCAAGAAAGAAUGGUGAUGAUUCAGGGAGAAGAGCAGGAUUUUAAAGAGAUGAUUGAGUCUGAAUAUAGGAUAAGGUUCCAGUUGAUGGUUGAAGAGGAGAUGAACUCCCGGAGCCUGCAAGGGUGCGUAUUCAACCUGAACGUGAAGGAAGAUGGUCUGAAUCAGCUGAUGGAAUUUGGCACACAGCUGAAGGAGAAGUCCCAGGAAACGCUACAGAGACUGAAGGAUUUGGGGAAAGAGAACAUGAAUAAACUGAAGGAGAGUGAAGUCAGGCUUUCUGAACAGAUCUGCAGCCUCCAAAGGAUCAUUGCAGAGCUAGAGAAGAAGUGUGGGGAAUACACCUUAGCGUUGCUCCAGAAUGCAAGAUAUUCUGUGGAAAGGAGCGAGUCACUACUGCUUCAGUGUCUGGAGCCCGCCCAAAUCACAGACCUGAGUCUGUGCCAAGUAACAGGAAUGAGCAGAAUGCUCAACAUUCUCCAAAGAGCUGUGACUUUGGAUCCUAAAACAGCUCAUCCCUGUCUGGUCUUAUCUGAGGAUCUGAGAAGCGUGAGUCUCAGAAAUGUCCAGCAGGACGUUCCUGGCAGCCCGGGGAGAUUCGUUUUCGGUGCCACCGUGUUGGGUGUGGAGGGUUUCACCUCAGGGAGGCACUACUGGGAGGUGGAUGUGGAAAAGGCAACCAAGUGGCAGUUGGGGAUUUCCGAAGAUGCUGCCAGCAGCGCUCGUAACCUGCCCGCUGCUUCCGGAGAUAAAUUCUUACUCACAGGUUCCAUGAUGGGAACUGAUUAUACAUUCUGGGUCUUUCCCCCUCUGAAAAGGGUCUUCUUGAGAGGAGAGCAGGUGCACAAAGUUGGAGUCUUCCUAGACCGCGAGUAUGGGCAGAUAGCCUUUUAUGAUUUGACAAACAGAUCCCUCAUUUAUAAUUUCUCUUCUCUCACCUUCCGGGGAGCUGUCAGGCCCAUAUUUUCUCUUUGUAUCCCAAGUGGAGGCACAAGUUCAGACUCGCUCAGCAUUUGCUUUCCUCAUGUUUCUUCUUGUGAUGUUAAUGUUAGCCCACAGUCUUCCUCGGCAUGAAAUCUAAGACCACAAGGGGCCAGAAAGUAAAGAGCUUGACUUUGUAAAAGAAUCUAUAUAAAGUAAUCCAAUAAAAGUUUCUAACACUUGA